UUCAACAUGACAUGUUUAAGAAUUUUGUACAGGCGGUUUGUUGUUUUUAAAAAUAUAUAUUCCAAGUUAACAGUAAGUUAUAUCCCUUUGGUGUGACAGUUAAUAUUUUUUUCCACUUUUUUUUUUAAUUUUGCGGAAAACAGUAAUCGGUAACACAAGACUUUCCGGCGUGCUCAGUCUCAAACGACUCCUCACUGGACACGCAGUGUGUACUAUAUAGGGUGCAUGAAGGUGAUAUGAUAGCCUUAGGAUCAACAGUAGACUAUCUAAGAUCAGAUGUCUUAUUAUAAAACUACUAGCUACUUUGUCAUACAUGUGAGCUCUGUAACAAUAACAGUGAUUACAGAGCCUGAUCUCCACAUCAGCAUGAGUUUAAGGGCCCUGUUGCACCUGCACAGCUGUGUCCGGCUUGUGUCCAGGCAUCAGCUCCAUGAGCUCGCCUCCCUGCGCCAUGUCUCCCUGCUGCCCAAGAAGAAGCGCCUUGGACUCCUGUAUCCCUUCAGUAGUCUGGAGGCGCACCUGUCACGACAAGUAGACAAGACAAAGUUUCAGCUCUUCCAGCCUGACCUGGAAGCCCUCAAUUGUGCAGAGAGACUUUUCACUCCAUCUCCCAAACACCAGAUAGUCAACUCCUCAUCAGCUGUGCGUAUAGACCACAUGCCUGAACUCGCACAGCCAGAGGUGUGUUUCUUAGGCAGGAGCAAUGUUGGCAAGUCCUCUCUCAUCCGGGCCCUGUUCUCUCUCGCACCUGAGGUUGAAGUACGGAUUUCCAAAACACCAGUAAGGACACACACAAAAAAGCUGAAUUUUUUUACGGUGGGGAAAGCGUUCACUUUAGUCGACAUGCCUGGCUAUGGAUACAGAGCCCCAGAAGACUUUGUGGAUAUGGUCGAGCCUUACCUUCAAGCACGAGAAAAUCUUAUGAGGACGUUCUUGCUGGUGGAUGGAGGUGUAGGACUACAGAAGUUUGAUUUAGUUGCAGUUGAGAUGUGUGAAGAGUUUGGCAUUCCGUACGUGCUGGUGGUGACUAAGAUAGACAAAACUCGUCAGGGGGACUCUGCUUCCCUCCUCCUGCAGCUCCAUGAGUUUAUCAAGGAUAAAACAAACACAUGUUUCCCCCAGCCCUUUCUUGUGAGCUCUGUGCACUACUCGGGCAUCCACCUCUUCAGGUGCUUCAUAGCACAUGUGACAGGAAACCUCCAGCUGAGCUCCAAACCCACCUGAGAACCAUAUAAAAGGAUAAAGCACACAAUGAUGAGACUGAUCUAUGGUGAUGUGAUUCAGACAUGCCAACAUCUACAGUGGUGCUUGAAAGUUUGUGAACCCUUUAGAAUUUUCUAUAUU